CAGUGCCUGGGCGCUGCUUGCCAAUAAACCUGGGGUACGUUCUGUCGUAAUUUUUUUCUGUCAUUGGCUAAAUAUCGGACACUGUUGACAAGUUUUCUCAGUGUUGAUGCUUCCGACACCUUCUUCCUUUCUCCCUCCCUCCUUCUGAUGCCUUGCCUUGGCCUGAACUGUCAGAACCCCGCCUAUGAAGCUCCACAAUUGGUCCGAAAAGCGUAAAAUCAGCAAUCAAGGGGGGCCGGGCUCAUUAGCGAGGGGAUCAGAGGAGGAAGGCCAUGUGAGAGCUAGUCACAGUUUCCCUGAGAUCACGGCGAGACCCGAUCAUUCCUGACAAGACCAGCCUCACCCGACCGCGAUUUUAACAAUAUUUUGCUGACUUUGGACGCUCCUAAUAUCUGUGUUUGGAGCAGCUCAGUUGUUUGGCGUAUUAAAGCCGUCGGAAAAACAGAGUGGGAAACGCGUUAAAUUCAACGACUGCUAAGUUCUGUCGAUGCACAUUACAAUCUGACCACUUAAUUUUCUUGCAUUGUUUACCAUUCUCAGUAGUUGGCUGGACUGUGUUGUUUCUUCUCUGAUUCUCUUGAAUGCACCGAUGAGAGAUCCAGCAUUUCCGGGGACUGCCAUGGCUUACCACCCUUUCCACGCUCCCAGACCGGCUGAUUUUCCAAUGUCUGCCUUUCUGGCCGCUACCCAGCCGUCUUUUUUUCCUGCAUUAGCACUACCUCCAGGGGCUCUGGCUAAAACCCUGCAGGACCCAACAUUAACCAGUGCUGCGGAGGCUGGACUACACGUCCCGACGCUAAGCCAUCAUCACCAAGCGGCUCAUUUGCGUUCCUUGAAAAGCUUAGAGCCUGAAGAAGAAGUGGAGGAUGAUCCCAAAGUUAAUUUGGAAGCCAAGGAAUUGUGGGACCAAUUCCAUAAACUAGGAACAGAGAUGGUGAUCACGAAGUCUGGAAGGAGAAUGUUUCCUCCUUUUAAAGUCCGUGUAAGUGGCCUGGACAAAAAAGCCAAGUAUAUAUUGUUAAUGGAUAUAGUGGCUGCAGACGACUGUCGGUAUAAAUUCCACAAUUCCCGCUGGAUGGUGGCUGGCAAAGCUGACCCUGAAAUGCCCAAACGGAUGUACAUCCACCCAGACAGCCCUGCCACUGGGGAACAGUGGAUGGCUAAACCUGUUGCCUUUCAUAAGCUGAAACUCACCAACAAUAUUUCUGACAAGCACGGAUUUACAAUCUUGAAUUCCAUGCACAAGUACCAGCCCAGGUUUCACAUUGUACGGGCGAAUGAUAUACUGAAGCUCCCAUAUAGCACCUUCAGGACAUACGUGUUUCCAGAAACCGACUUCAUAGCAGUCACAGCUUAUCAGAAUGACAAGAUAACCCAACUUAAAAUUGAUAACAAUCCCUUUGCAAAAGGGUUCAGAGAUACCGGUAAUGGAAGACGUGAAAAAAGAAAACAAUUAAGUCUCCCCUCCCUUCGCAUGUACGAUGACCAAUGCAAAGUAGACCAUGAUGGAAUGGAUUCAGAUGCCUCUUCCAGCGAUCCCACACCAACCAGGGACCAUUUGCACUCCCCUCAGGGCGCAGAGCCCAGUCCCUUACGACUAAAUCGAAGUAUCAGAGAUGGGAAGAGCUCAGUGAGUGAUCAGGAGUUGGAAGGGCAGGAGACGCUAUCAAGUGAAACUCACAGCCCCAGAACAGAGCCUUCAGUUCAUUGCAGCCCCCGAGCAGAAGACUUGUUGAAAAACAGACCAUCCCAAGAGAAAAAGACAGAGUCUCCUGACCUCAGAAAGGACAUUAGCUCCAUUUUCAGUGUGCGAACUCUAGAGAAAGAAAGGACGGAUGGCAGGAGAAAAGAGGACUCUAAGAAAGAGAAUGAGUGUAACAGUAUGACCAAAGACAGUUUCUCUCCUUUGGUAGUGCAAACAGACAGUACAUCUCAUCUGAACCCUGGACAUUUGCAUAGUCUCGCUUUCUCAAGCCUCCAUGGAAAUCAGUUUUUUAACCCCCUAAAUGCUGGACAGCCAUUAUUUAUUCACCCAGGACAAUUUGCCAUGACACCUGGAGCUUUCUCUGCCAUGGGAAUGGGACAUUUAUUAGCUUCUAUGUCAGGAAGCAGUCUGGAAAAUGGAGCCAUCUCUUCAGUCCAAGGAGCUGGGGGGACAACGGCAGCUUUCCCCUUUCACUUUUCACAGCACAUGCUUGCUUCUCAGGGGAUACCGAUGCCCACAUUUGGAGGUCUGUUUCCUUAUCCAUAUACAUACAUGGCGGCGGCAGCAGCAGCAGCGUCAGCUCUACCGUCCAGCACCUCCUCCUCCCUGUCCCGGAACCCCUUUCUAAGCAGUGCUAGGCCUCGUCUUCGUUUUAGUCCUUACCAGAUUCCGGUGUCCAUCCCAUCAAGCACCAACCUUCUCACCACCGGAUUGCCAUCAAGCAUGAACACAGGAGCGGAAACCCCCAAGCCCUGCAGCCGAGAGAGCAGUCCUGUUUCAGAUCAACACAGUCAUAGCAGUCAGAGAAAUUGUUCGGGGUCUGUCUCGCCAAAAACUGCUGUAAAAGAUUCCUUGAACGAACUGCAGAAUAUCCAGAGACUGGUGAGUGGGUUAGAGAACCAAAGAAACCUGUCACCUGGCAGGGAAUCACCUAAGUGACAUGACGUCUGUCACACCUACUAGAUGGCCAACAGUGGGGUCAAGAGCACUGGGAUCAUUUUGUACAGCACACUUCGAUAUUUAUUAAAAAAUAAAAAAUAAACAAAAGACAAAGAAACACUCUUAAGAGGAAUCAAACAGUGUCACUUACUCCCAAAAGGAACAAAAAGCAACAAUAGCACUGUUUGUAGAGAUGCCUUCAAAACCCCAAGGAUACAAGCAACUGAAAUAGGUUCAAAAGGAACAACAGCCACGGCAAGCAAGAUAGCAGAUGGUGACAUCUGUGAAGUCUGUGCUGGGAACAGAAUGGAGUGAAAUGAAAUUGAGAUGUUCAAAAAGACUUGGAAGGCUGGUUAAAUGCCAUUGUCCUUUAGACAUACCUCAGAGGUUGCAGCUACCCACCUAGUUCCUAAAUCGGUACAAGCAUGAAGAGACAUUUCUUACCCAAAUGUACCAGGUGUAUUUAAGAAAUUAAAAUAGUAAUUUGUGUAAAUAAGCUAUAAGAAAUACCAUAAUAUGCAAAUUGAUAUUAAUUUAUUCAAGUUGUACAUUGCUGUGUACAUAAUAUUAGAGUUUAACUCCUUGCAUUUAUCGUUUCCUUCUAUUUUCCGUUUUACAGAAACACGGUGUAUUGUAAAUGAAACAACAGUUUAAACUUUUGGGAAAAAAGAACAUAAUCCACUGACUGUGUUUUUAGUUGUUUGUUUAUCCCUGCAGUUUUGCUAUCACGUGCCAUCCCCAAUACGUUUGUUGCAGUUCAAUGUCUUAUACAUCUUUUUUUCAGAUUUUUAUUUCAGAAUUAUAACACCUUUGCAGUGACAAAAUAGCAUGAAUACGUCUCAGGAUUUUAUUUUUCAUUCCAGUACUUCAAAUUGAUUUUUUCAACAAGGCUGUAUUAAUAAAACAUACACGGAUAUAUUUCAGAUGUGCUGGUUUUAUUCGGGUAUCUAUGUUAUGUAUAUUUUUUUGUUCUCUAUUCUCUCACUACUUUCAAUAAAAUAUUCAAAGAAG